AUGUGCACCAGAGAUAUUGCUGACAGUCAGCUUGAAAGAUGGUAUUCAAACUGUAAGAAGAAUAAAAUCAUCAAUAGCACUGACGAUGCUGGAAUAUUACUGGUUAAUAAGGACACGAGCCUAACGGCUGGAAAAUAUGGACCAAUCCCAUUAACGGAUCAUAACUUAUUGCAACAGCUCUCUCAUUUCCAUAGAGAAAGGAUUCCCGAAAGGGUUGUUCAUGCUAAGGGUGCCGGGGCUUUUGGAUAUUUUGAGGUAACUCAUGAUAUAACUCAUCUCACCGUAUCUAAAGUAUUCGAAUCAAUUGGCAAAAAAACUCCAAUUGCUGUUCGUUUUUCUCAAGUAGCUGGAAAUCUAGGAGCUGCCGAUACUGUAAGAGAUCCAAGAGGGUUUGCCCUCAAAUUUUACUCAGAAGAAGGAAUCUGGGACAUAGUAGGGAACAACACUCCAAUUUUCUUCAUGAGAGAGCCAAUUCUCUUCCCGAUGUUCAUUCACACUCAAAAACGUAAUCCAGUUACUAACCUAAGAAAUUGGGAUAUGUUCUGGGACUUCAUUACUCUACGACCUGAGAGUAUACAUCAAACUAUGUUCCUAUUUUCUGAUAGAGGCAUACCAGAUGGGCACAGACAUCAGCACGGAUUUGGUUCCCACACAUUCUCUUUGAUAGGUGAAAACAGAAAACUGACUUGGUGCAAAUUCGUUUACAGAACUGAUCAAGGUAUAAAGAAUUUGGACCCUAAUCAAGCAGAUAUAUUGGCAGGCCAAGACCCAGAUUAUGCUUUACGAGACCUAUACAAUGCCAUAGAAGAAGGAAAAACAACGGGAAAUUAUCCAUCUUGGACAUUUUAUAUACAAACUAUGACACCUGAGCAGGCCAGAGUACAAAAUUUCAAUCCCUUCGACCUCACCAAAGUUUGGCCUCAUAAUGAGUUCCCUCUACAGCCAGUUGGAAGAUUUGUUCUCAAUCAAAAUCCAUCCAACUAUUUUGCCGAAGUGGAACAACUUGCUUUCAGUCCGAAUAAUCUAACUCCUGGAAUCGGUGCCUCACCAGAUAGAAUGUUGCAGGCAAGGCUCUUCGCUUAUCCGGAUGCCCACAUGUACCGAUUAGGAGCAAAUUUCCAACAAUUGCCAGUAAACAGAACAAUAACCAAGGUAGCAAAUUUCCAGCGAGACGGACGCGACGCCUUGCUGAACCAACAUGGGGCGCCAAACUAUCAUCCCAAUAGCUUCGGUGGGCCCGAUGUCUAUCCUGAAGCAGAGAAAUGGACUCCUCCGCCAGAAGCAGUUUCAGGAGCAAUUGACUACUAUGAUCUCGGGGAUGACGAUAAUUACACACAGCCUCGCGUAUUUUGGAACCGAGUGUUAGAUGAUGGAGGCAGAGAGAGACUAGUGGACAAUUUGGCUAGCAAGAUCUGCUUAGCUAACGAUAACAUCAAGAAGAGAGCGGUGGAGGUGUUUUCUCAAGUUGAUCAGAGUCUUGGAAGUAGAUUACAGGAAAAGUUAUUGGCUAGAACAGUUGUACACUUGUAA